CACAACAAAUUUCUGUUACAUUUCCAAAACUCCGAUCACUUAAUGUGAGAAUUAUAAUAACUGACUUAUAAGGACAAUCAGUCAGAAUUCCUUGUGACCAGACAGACCUUGAAACAAUCUGUCGAAUGAAGACUCAGUAGAACUGAUAAUGUAUUUAUUGAGCUGCCUCCAUUUCAGCUGCUCAUAGCAACAAUCAAAGCGCAUUAUAAAUAACCUCUUACUGAUGCUCUAAAGAGAGCAUUCAAAAUUCAUUUAAACAAACAUUUUGCUUGAGAAAUAAGAAUUGCGCAGCCACCUACCUUCCUUUCUUUGAAAGAAGCUUGUUGGAGCCGAGCUUUGUGCCACCUGAUGCUACAAAGAAUAGAAAAGCUGAUAAGCGUUCAGAUAUUGACGCUAAAAUUAUCAGAACCUGGAAAACAGGUUCGUAAGAAUUAUUCAUACGGCACACUUAAUCUCUUGCAUUGAAUUGCGCUUGGUUACAGGUCCAUAUGCAAAGAUAUAGAUUUGAGACAGCGUCUAGCAUUAGAAAAACUUCAAACAUUACGAAAUAUGCUGCAGGAUAAUGUCACUGAAUCAACAUAUGUUGAUCAAAAAUGAAAAUUUUAUUUGAUAGUUGAUCCUGAUUGUAAUGAAGGAAAACUUGAAUCUGGACGUUGUCAAAAGUAAUUAAUUUUAGGUCCACAACGAUGGUACGCUCCAGUGUUUGGUAAGAACAUUGCCAAUAUACCUAUAAGUGAAUACUACGAGUGGCUAUCUGAACCCAAUAAAUUUGAAAAUAGACAAAACUACUAAAUUUACAAGAAUAAAUUAUUAUCGUUUUUCAACUUUGUACAAGUUGGUUUGAAAAAACAGAUGGCUGCAUGUCACUGGGUUCAUUAUGAAUAUUUCGAUUUAUUCCAUUUUGACCAGAUACAUAUCAUAGAAAACCAAGCAUUUGCAGCGGAUGCUUUUUCACGUCCUAUGAAAUACUUUCGUUUCAGAAAAAGAUACAAUUUAGAAGCAUCAAUUAAUUCAAAGUUUUCAACUGAUAUCAAUUUUUCUAACAACUUCGAUUUGAUAUGAUUGAUUUUAUUCGAAUGCACGUCCUUUGAAAAAUGACGUCACGAAAACGUGUAUGGAGAGAGGCAACUUUUUAUCAUUCUUCAAACAUUGAGAAUCAGCAUUUCUCUUAUACCAUGGUGAGAUGUAUUGUCCACACCACAGCUCAAGAACAAACGUAUUCACUCUUUUUUGGCGUUUAAAAUAAACAACAUAUUCGAAGCGGCAGCAAUCCAUUCACAAGCCAAGCCCUAUAUGCAGUGCUUUCUAAUGGCAAUUCACUUCUCGCAGUUGGGAAUUCAAAACGUACUAUUGAUGAAUUGGGAACAGGGAUACCAGUCGUGUAAUGUAAUGACGAAAGCGCGUGGGAGAAAGGAAAAAGGGGAAAAACACAUCUCUGCUGUCUGCCUCGAUAUUUCCGUAAAACAACAAGCUGAUAAGCAAGAUCCCCUGGUCCUAAGCAAGAUAGCCUGGAAGCAAACAAACUUCUUUGAAAUCUUAAUAAGGAGUGGGUCAUUGAAUAAACAUUUCAACUUAUCAGGAAGUAAUUUACAAAAAACUGCAUGCCCCUAUCACAAUUGCUUUGAUUGUGUCUGUGAAGGAUUAUUGCCUUGAAAUUAUAAUGCAGUAAUCACUAAAGCGCAGUCACUUUUAAAACUUUUGAAAAAACGUCAUGCUUGCGCUGUAAGCAUUUUAAUUAUUAUAAGUAUUUGGUUUGCCAAAAUCAGCACAUACGGGGAUUCUUGCCGAUACAUAGCUGUUCUAAAUCAGUACAAAGCAUUGAUCAUGUGGCUCUGUCACCAAGACAAAGCGUUUUUUUCAUUUCUAGUCGGACCUGUUGUGUCAUCAACAAUAUUAUCAUGCAUGCCAUAAUGAAUUAUUACACUGAGAUUAGAUUCAAUGUAGUUGAGAUUGAAUCGACAUCGUGGUCGUUGUGCUAGCACAAAACAAAGCUGUAGUGAUCUAUGCUCGCCCUGACUGAAAAUGAAAGCAGGUUGUAUUUCAAGAAAGCUAUGCAUUGGAUAUCGUCCAUUCUUUUUAUUAAAAUGAUCAUUAAUUUCGGUUCAUGUAUAUCAGUAAUACAUAAAAGACAAAGUCGGGUUUUUGUUGACGUGGAAAAGUGGCGAAAAUCUGCUGAAGCAAGCAAACUGCGUCAAAAUAAAGCCAAACAGACUGCAGAAUAUUCCAGCUCUUCUGAUGAGGAGGAUCCAGAAAUGAGUCCAUACAGAGAAUCGGCCAGUCAAAGUGACUCAACAAAGAUAAUUGCCGAGGCUCAGCGAAUUCUCUACUCGAGAGAAAGUGUAACAGAUGAAGGAAAGGGCAAAAAGGCAAACUGCAUAGCCAGAACAACAAUAGAGAUGAAUGGCAUUUUAGUGAAGAAAGUCAAUAAUAACAAUAGCUAUGAGAAAAACAAAAAGUCAGUCCGAUUCAACAUGGACAAAAUCCAGCUACACGAAUACACUCUCGACACAGCCGACAGUAUCUCUUCGAUAUCAUUUGACGAUGGGGCAUUCAUUGCGAAUGUUCUUGAUGCCAGUGAUCUUCUGGCGAGUGACAGCGAACUUAGCGAAGACGACGCGACAGACUCACCAGCAGCAAGAGAGGAUGUCAAAUUUGCGUUCUCGGACACUGAAAAACGCGAUAAUGACGAUUUUGACCCGACUUCAAGUAUCGACUCAUUUAAUUCAGAGGACCUUGGCCUUCCAUCGCUUCCAGCCAAACCCACGGAUGAUCCAACCAUCGAAAAUUUGUCACAAGAAAAGGAGAAACUACAGAACGACAUCGUAUCUCUGAGGGCAGAGUACGAUAAAGAGAUGAAGAAGCUAAGAGAGGAAUAUCAGACAAGAAGAGAAAGUUAUAUGACAGAAUUAGAUGAGCUGAGGCAAAGCAUUGAUGAACGAUUAAAUUCAAGUUAUUAUGCAGAGAAAAUGAAAUCUUAUGAACAGGAAAAGCAAUCAAUGGAAAAUCUAGAAGAGGACCUUCUAAAGAGGAAAAAGCAAUGUCUCGAAAGGGAAGAGGAGAUUGAAGAAUACGAACAGUACCUAGAUAAAAGGCAUGCUUCCUUAAAUGACAAAGAAAACGAUUUGAAUACUCUACAGGAUGAGCUGGAGGAAUUUUCUCGUCUACUUCGAAAAAGAGAAAAGGAAUUGAAAGCGAAAUCUGAGCGAAUAGAAAAUGAAUAUAACAAAGAAAUUAGUAUAAAAGCAUGCACACACGACGAGAAAGAGAUACAAGGACUUAGAGAAAAAGUUAGAGAGCUGCAAAAUAGUUUAGUUAAAACGAAAAUAACCGUUGAGAAAAAAGAGGAGAAUUGCAGAGAUCUUGAAAACGAGCUAAACAAGUUAAAAACGGAUCACAAAAAGUUACAAGGAAAGGUCAAGAGCUUAGAGUCGCAGCUGCUAGUUGACAAGAAAAUAAACGAAGCGAAGGAAGAUUGCAAUAAUGUGAGAAGGACGAGUGUUAUGCAGAUGGGUAGUCUGGCCUCGCAGAGGUUCAAUAGCGAAAUCAGGUCACCGCCUGCUAAUCAUAAACCCUUAUCUGCACGGAACUCUCAGCUUAGACCGCCUAUGCAAGGUUCUGCGCUAGGGUCGGACUUGUUUCUGAAUUCAAGCUUUAAGCGCAAGAUUAGUGAAGCGACUGAAACAAGCUCCGAUAGCGAUCGCAUAUCAAACACGACAACACGAGUGGAUUCGCGUACCGUGAAGAGCAGAACUUGUGUUGUAAUGUAGUCCAAAGUUCAGUCUUAUCAUGAAUGGUUCUAAUCGUGCAAAACGGACGAUCGAAUUACAAAUCAAAGUGCCGUUAUGUUUAAAAAGCUAAGCCCGGUCGAAGAGUUAAGUCAAUUUUAAACACCAAGUACUUUGAAAAAUGACUUUGGAAAAUGACCAAGUACUUUGGCAGGGUUGACUGGUUAGGCCACAGUCCACCCAUUUUUCAAACAUUGAAAAAUACCUUUUUGUCAUAUCGACAAUUUAUCCCUUAUCACUUCAAAUAUAGGUAUUGGUUUUGGUAUCUCUCACGAAAGCUGCUACACCUGGAUCAAUGAUCUCUAAAAUUCCCAAAAAUUGCCAGCAAACGAUAUGAAGUAAUUUCAUUAUUCACAGUCACCAUUAUAACAGAUAUGAUGGUUCACAUUUUGAUUUCAAAAAAGGAUACGGUGUUUUCAUCUUUGUAGUGCAAAGUUGUUCUAUUUAAUUUGAGGCAUUCUUCUAACUGACCGGUAUGCUUGGAAAUUCGUAAACGUCACUGCGUAGAGUUUCUGGAAAUAUUUACACUACUGUGUUUCCAAAUUUUAUGUGGUAUUUAUUGCCAGUAUAUAUUGUAAAUUUAAUAUUGUUCUGACACUCAGUUUGUAGUGUUUUGUACAUUUGAUAUGCAGAAGCAAUUUGAAGCAUUGUAAUUAUCGACAUGCUGUAAAUUAUUACAUUAUUUACUUUCUGUCUUACCCAGA